AUGCUAGCCGUCUCGGAAAAAGAGCUGACCAAGCUCCUCCACAGCCUAACUCACACCAAAUGCGACAACCUCCUUCAAACCCUUUCAACCGCGCUGGCCGCAUUCUCCGCACAACGCAAAACAGCAGACAUCGACAUCCACCAACCAGCCCGAACCAGCAUCGUCAGCGAAAAAUGGUCCUCAACAACACUCUUCAUGCCCGUAUCCGACCAUGCCUCUACAGGCUUCAAGGUCGUCACAGUCCCCAAAGUGAGUACACCCACAAACGGGAUUAGAGGCGUAAUCAACAUCCUCUCUCCCGAGGGCCGGCUGGAGGGCGUCAUGAGCGCGGCGGAAAUCACUGCGUUCCGGACUGCGCUUGCUAGUAUGAUUCCUUUCAGACGAUUCUGUUCUUCCGCUCAACAACAGACGAAGGGGAAGAGGGUUUUAAUUUUCGGGUCGGGGAAGCAGGCGGAAUGGCAUGCGCGAUUGGCGUUGUUGACUGUACCAAAACCUACGGAUAUCGAGGGGAUGACAUUCGUCAAUCGAAGUCAGCGACGGCUGGAGGAGAGUAUUUCAUCUACAUUAGUCCCAGAGCUAAAGGUGCAAUAUCCCCAUCUUGAGAUUCACGCUUAUUCGCGCGAAGAACAUGAAGGCAAGGAAGAGGAUUUCCGGGCUCGUCUACGUGCUGAUCUGGCAUCGAGCGACGCCAUAUUUUGCUGCACACCUUCCAUAGAACCAUUAUUCACAUACGACGAUCUCAACCCUCCAAAAAGGAGAUAUAUCUCGUUGAUUGGCUCGUAUAAACCGCACAUGCAAGAGAUCGACUCUAGGACACUAUUGUCGGGGGUAAACGGGACGAUAUACGUUGACUCGGUGGAAGCGUGCAUGGAAGAAGCGGGGGAAUUGAUUAUGGCGAAAGUUGAAGAGAGACAGUUGAUUGAGUUGGGGGAGCUUGAUACCUCUACUGCUAGUAUUCUUGAAGGGGACGGAAAUGUGGUUUUCAAGUGUGUUGGGAUGGGUAUUAUGGACUUGGUUAUUGCGAGGAAUUUGUUGGAUAUGGCGAGGGAGCAAGGGCUGGGAACUGUUGUGGAAGGUUUCUAG